CUAUUCGUGGACGCUUGAAGGGAGAGCAGUUUUUUUCCUCACAUUGCCACUCAAAACAUCAGCUCUGCAGCGAAGGAGACGAUUUGUGCGAAUCCGGCAAACGUUUAUGACAGCUAAGUAUUUAUCCGAGUCUCGCUAGGUUGACGAAGUUUGACGAUAUCGCAGUCAGAUUUUUUUUUUUUUUUUUUUUUGUAUUUACAUAACCAGAUUUCCCGGUGUUCAGCAGUCGCCGGUAUCGCCACGACGUAUUGUCGUCGCCUCAGAUUGCAAGUCAGUUAAUUACACCGUUUUACUCAACUAAUAUCAGUACAUUGCAGGUCCCAUUGGAGUUUUUUGCCAUUUUUGCGUUUAUUUUUCAUCAUUCAGAAAAACAAGUUAUACAACAAGCUGCUGCUGCUGCUGUUCAACGAUCAUCCGGGUCUUAAAGCCCGCCGGUUUGCCGUCCACAUUUCCGGGGAGCGCGCGCGCCGUCUCGUGCACAAAUGGUUCAGCAGCCAACGGUUUCUAAAUUUUUCGACAUUAUGGAAAAAGUUCUGUUAGAGCAAGGUUAACAGAGAAGUUGGGACGUUUUAUUGACAUAAUUUAAAGACUUUUCUCCGUGUAUUUGGAUAUAUUUUCUCCUCUUGGACGUAUACUUUAUAGAUUUUAUAUAUAAAAAAAAAAAAAACUGUCGGGAUAAACGUCGAGCGAGCUCCAAGAGACUGCUGAUCGUCAUUGAAAAAAAAAAGGAAGAAGAUAACCACUCGUCCAGUUGAGUGAUGGUCAUUAAUACGAUCCACUGGUUCAGGAAGGGCUUGCGGCUCCACGACAACCCGUCGCUCAAGGAAUCUCUGCUGGGAGCGGACACAGUCCGCUGCGUGUACAUCCUCGACCCCUGGUUCGCGGGAUCUUCCAACGUCGGGAUCAACAGGUGGAGGUUCUUACUGCAGAGUCUCGAGGACUUGGACUCCAGCCUCCGUAAGCUCAACUCUCGUCUGUUCGUGAUUCGAGGCCAACCCACCGAUGUCUUUCCCAGACUCUUCAAGGAAUGGAACAUUACUCGUCUGUCUUAUGAGUACGACUCUGAGCCCUUCGGGAAAGAGCGAGAUGCAGCUAUUAAGAAGUUGGCCUCUGAGGCUGGAGUGGAGGUGACAGUCCGCAUCUCCCACACGCUCUAUGACCUGGACAAGAUCAUAGAGCUGAAUGGCGGCCAGUCUCCCCUCACCUACAAGCGGUUCCAGACCCUCAUCAGCCGCAUGGACGCGGUGGAGGUCCCCGCAGACUCCAUCACGGCCGAGAUCAUGGGGAACUGCACCACGCCGCUGUCCGAGGACCACGACGACAAGUUCGGGGUCCCCUCCCUGGAGGAGCUGGGUUUUGAUACCGAAGGCCUGUCCUCGGCUGUGUGGCCGGGGGGAGAGACUGAAGCCCUCACCAGACUAGAGAGGCAUCUGGAGAGGAAGGCGUGGGUGGCCAACUUCGAGCGUCCCAGAAUGAACGCCAACUCGCUGCUCGCCAGCCCCACGGGCCUCAGUCCGUACUUACGCUUCGGCUGCCUCUCCUGUCGCCUCUUCUACUUCAAACUCACCGACCUCUUCAGGAAGGUGAAGAAGAACAGCUCCCCUCCCCUGUCGCUCUACGGCCAGCUGCUCUGGCGCGAGUUCUUCUACACGGCGGCCACCAACAACCCCUGCUUCGACAAGAUGGACAGCAACCCCAUCUGCGUCCAGAUCCCCUGGGACCGCAACCCCGAGGCGCUGGCCAAGUGGGCGGAGGGCCGCACCGGCUUCCCCUGGAUCGACGCCAUCAUGACCCAGCUGAGGCAGGAGGGCUGGAUCCACCACCUGGCCCGACACGCCGUGGCCUGUUUCCUGACCAGGGGAGACCUGUGGAUCAGCUGGGAGGAGGGCAUGAAGGUGUUCGAGGAGCUGCUGCUGGAUGCAGACUGGAGCGUGAACGCAGGCAGCUGGAUGUGGCUCUCCUGCAGCUCCUUCUUCCAGCAGUUCUUCCACUGCUACUGCCCCGUGGGUUUCGGCCGACGCACGGACCCCAACGGAGAUUACAUCCGGCGCUACCUGCCCAUCCUGAGGGGAUUUCCAGCCAAGUAUAUUUACGAUCCCUGGAACGCCCCGGACGUCGUGCAGAAGGCGGCCAAGUGUAUUAUCGGAGUGCAUUACCCGAAGCCCAUGGUGCACCACGCGGAGGCCAGCCGCCUCAACAUCGAGCGCAUGAAACAGAUCUACCAGCAGCUCUCCUGUUACAGAGGCCUCGGCCUCUUGGCGACAGUUCCAUCCAACUCUAACAGUAACGGUAAUGGAAACGGCGAGACGUCCUCGGAUACGAUGGGGUUCCCCGUGGAGGCUUCACGCAACACUGCGACGCCAUCUGCCUAUCAGAUGCCGGUUCACUCCCAGGGAAACUGGCAAAGCGGGGUCAUGAUGUACAUGCAGGGAGAUCAGCAAUCCAGCAUCAGCACACACCAACAAGUUCCAGGUUAUGCAGCCGGCACGAGUUUGAUGUGUUACAGUCAAGGCUCCCAGCAGAUUCAAAAAGGGCCUGAACAGCAACACUCCUCCGUCCAGACCGGCGGCAAGCGGCACAGUGACGACUCUGGAAACUGCAAAUACUCCAAGGUCCAGAGACAGAGCGCCCACUGAAACGGUGUUUUCUACAGACUCAAAUCUCGUACACGGCCAAAAAAAAACUACACGGACACUGAGACUUGAUUUUGAUACAGCACUGCAGAGUUGCAUGAACACAUCCUCUUCAGGACUUUAAACACAGUCAUCACAUAAUCAGACUCCUACGUUGUGGUGUGGACUACGCGGCCCCCCCCCCCCCCCCCACUCCCUCGGUGCCUCCCCGGCCCUCGGCCCCCUCACCCCAGUGUGGACGCCACUGGAGGGGCCGCUGUUACACAGAUGUUCCUCAUAUUUGGGUUAAUAUUCCCAGGACUGACGUCCUCGUGUGUGUGUAUAUAUAUAUAAAAAUGAAAAUUUGCAAAUUGCAGUUCACAUACAACUUGUACAUAUUUGGAUAUUGUAUGUGCGUUUUUUUUUUUUUUCCUCUCUCUUUAUGUAGCCAUAGACCCAUUGAUAUAUUUUUGAUAUGAGAAAUUAUUGUGGGUGGAUCCUUCUUACGGGACAUUUUCAAUAAAAGUAUUUGUAGACCCGUCCAUUGUGUAACAAAAAGCUAAAGGGUCGUAUCUUAGAAAACAAGUACCCGCCCUCAUUUAGCCAUCCAGUGUAUAUAUCAGCACACGUCUUUUCUAUGUCUCAGUACUAGUGGACUUUCUUCCCUCCCACCGUAGAGGCACGGUUACCAUCACGCCCUGAUGAGGAAGCCUUCAUAUCAUGGUGCCCCCCCUCCCCUCCCGUCCAACUGUAUUAUUCCCAGUAAAUGUACGACUGGAGAGAACUGCUUCACAUGCUUCUUGUUCCUUCUCAAUGUGCUUGUUUAAUUAAAAGCUGGGUUAAAUAUUUAAA